AUGUUACCUACCGUUCCAUCAACUCGUCUUCGUGAUCCAACUAAACCACCACCUAAUUUAAGUGGUAGUAGUUUAAACAAUUGGUUCAAAAAUACUUAUAAGCAAUUACAAAAUUAUGAUUAUCAACUCAAAUAUCCUCCAUUUUAUGUUCCUGAUGUAUGUUAUCAAAUUUUUCAUAUUCAUCGAUUUAUUACAUUAGAAAAAAUUCAACUUAUUGUUCAACACAUCAAAAAUUGUCGAUUAUUUAGCAUCGACACAGAAUCCGAUUGUUUUACACGUGAAUUAGCUUUAAUUCAAAUUCAUACCAUUCCAAUUGAAUUACCAUCUAUGAUUAUUCUUAUUGAAUUGCAUCAUUUACCAUCAACUGAUACUUUAUUGUUUAAAGCAAUUUAUGCAUUAGUUCAAUUGAUAUUUAAAUCUGGUAAUACAUUAUAUUCUUGGGGUCCUCUGGUGCCAUGGAUUGAGAGGACACUUCCUCACUCUGAGGAAUGUAAGUCCGGACAUUAUGAGUCACAGCGUUAUAGCUGUACUUGUAUUCCACAUUUUGGUACAAACGAAUUUUGGUCUUUACAAAAUGCUAUACGUUAUACUUGUAACCAAUUUCUCGAUAAAUCUCAAACAAAAAAUCCUUGGGAACAAUUAUUAGAUCCAUUAUAUUCAACAUUACCAUCUUCUACACUAAAUAAUAUGAUUUAUUAUGCUAUAUACGAUUGUCUCGUCGUUUCUUAUUUACAUCGUCCUGUACUUGAAUCGUGGAAUCUUGAUCAAUUAAAACAGUCAACAAUCGAUUUGUUAUUAACGACACCACCAUCUAUAUUUGAUCAACUUGAAGAUAUAUCGGAUGAUGAUAUUGAUGAUAACGAACCACCAACUAAUGAUGAACUUAUUAUUAAUGACAGUGAUUCCGAUGUAUUAUUUAAUCGAAUUACUGAAUUACCAUCUUCAUCAACACAAAUUUUCUCAACAAAAGUCAAAUCACAUGCUUGUCGUUCUUGUCAAUCUCGUACGAAACGCAAUAAAAAAAGAAAUCUUACUCGCCGUUCAUUUCGAUACAAAUAUGUCAUUCGUCGUUCGAUAUAUUAUAAAUAUAGUAUGUACUUGAUCAAAACAAUUCUCCACAAACUGAAUAUUCAUUUUACUCACAUUAUUAAACACGACAAAACUACACUUAUUAUUGGUAUAAAAUCUAAAGAAUUACGUGAACAAUAUGAUAAAAAUAUUCCGCUGAACAUUUUUGAUCGUCAUCAUUAUUAUCGUAAUUAA